AUGAUGGGGCUUUGUUACUGCUGGAGUCUGAAGACUUUGUACAUUUUCUUUUUCAUUGCUGUUGUUAUAAUGAACUUCCAGGCUCUGUUAUUCACGUUAGUAGGAAUCGUGGGAUCUGCCCCUGUCUCUCAAAAACUGGACAUUAUGGACAAGGAAACUAUUGAACAGGCACACAGUUUAAUCAGCAUAAUUCUUAAAGAUAUUCCUACAGUGCACACGGCCUGGAUAAACAGCAAGAGUCUGACUUUGGGCGACAACUCAACUAGGCUGCAGCUGCAGUUCUUAAAGACACAAAUGAUACCCUCUGCCCCGGUUCUCCAGAACAUCUCUAGUAACUUCAGUCUGGAAACCUGCUUUGCUCACAUAGUGAAGGGACUACAACUACAUCUGAAUCUCUUGAAAGAGAUCAGCAAAUCAACCAUGCUGAACCAGACAGGCAAUGUGAACGAUCUUCAGGCUGAAAUUCGAGACCUUCUGCUUCUAAUCAAAAAGUUGCAGAAACAGGCGGGAUUUGACCAGUCCAAGCAGGCAUCAGACAAGCAUCAUGAUCUGGACAAACACCUGACAAGUGAAUACAUGACUGAGGUGGCAGCCCACCUCACUCUGCAACAGCUUCAGGACUUCAGUAGUGACGUCCUCCGUAGUAUCCUCAGUCUGACCUCCGAUAAGUCCAGCUCAGAGAAUACUAACACUGUGCAGCUCUGCGUAAAUGCAGCAUGCGUAUGAGUGGUCUAGACCAUUAAGCACAAAAUUUACUUCAGUUUUAAUGUGAACACUUAGUGACGACAAGGGUGAACUGGAAAGUUUAGUCUUUGUCCAGUGUCGGCACUCUUUCUCUACAGAACUGUGACAGAUCAAAAUUGUAACCUUGUAGUGCCGG